CGACCGGGAACCACAUUCCAAUAGUCGGGCCGAACGCCUCGCGACUCGCUGCCACACCGCGACGCUGCCCCAAUACAAAGAACUACUUAGUACUGCAAAAAACCUGUGAUGUAUUGAUUAAUUCCUGUGUUACUACUACAUGAAGUCGUACACCAAACUCUAACGCGUUAACCAGUGAAGUGUGUUCAUAAAAGUGAUAAUUCCAUCGCGUUUCGUGCCAGCCACGUCGAAUACCAUUUAUCGACGGCUAGAAUCUUGUGUAGAAACAUGGUGGACUCCCAGUGUCGAAAUUGAAUGGAUUCGAUUUUCAUGUGUGGAUUGUGAACGUUUUACAAUGUUUUCUGGCAGAUAAUCGCGUUUCGUAGCUAGAAAUAUGGAUUGGUGUGCAAAACUUCGGAGAUAAAUUGUGAUUUAACGCCUUUUGUGUUAAGGUGUAAGCUGCGCUUCGAUCGGAUAUGCUAGUUGAAUAAAGGAGCCAGAAUGGUGUCUUACGCUUAUUUCGGCCUGCGGCAAACGCCUUGGACCCUACUAGUUCUCAUUUUCUUCAUCGAAAGCGUGAUGGGGAAUUACGCGAAAUCUUUCUACAUACAUUGGAAUACCACAAAUAGCAUAUUCAGGAUAGACAAUACGGACCACGUAUUUGACCUCAACAAAGGUAACGCUCAGUUCGAGUACGACCAAGUGAAUAUAAUAUGUCCUGUGUACGCUCCUGGGACUUUUGAGGAGGACACAGAGAAAUACAUAAUUUAUAACGUUAGUAAGGAGGAGUACGAUACGUGUAGGAUAACGAAUCCCAAUCCAAGGAUCAUAGCUAUUUGUGAUAAACCGCACAAGUUGAUGUUCUUUACUAUCACGUUUAGACCGUUCACACCUCAGCCGGGCGGGCUGGAGUUUCUGCCCGGGAAAGACUACUACUUCAUAUCGACGUCAAGUAAGGACGACUUGCACAGACGCAUCGGCGGUCGGUGCCUCAGUAAUAACAUGAAGCUCGUGUUCCGCGUUUGCUGCAAGCCAGAAGAGCAGUCUCCCGUCCCACCUCCGCAGCCGACCCUGCCUCCUCCGCCGCCACCAACAACGACCACCACCACGACCACAACGACGACAUCAAUGAAACCCGUCACGAAAAAGACGCACAAAUAUGACAAGGCUCAGAAUGAGGUGGUUAAGAGUGAAGAGCUCUCGUAUUCAAGAGGAGCUGCUUUGGCGUCAUCGUUGGCUUUGGCUCUGGCCGCUGUAGCAGUGCUGGCCCCUUUGGCUCGGUGAACUUGCGCCAGGGCGGCGCGGCCACCGCGUCCUGACCUCCUCGCCAAGCCUUGCCCAGCCCAUAACACUCAGACUCUCCAAUCAUUACACUUACGCCCCGAUACUCUAGUCUUUACGUGAAUCGGCGUAAGCGACUCAUUAGUGUUAAAAAACUGUGUUUAGUGUAGUGGCAAGUGCCCCAUGGAUUGUGGAUUAUAAAGGAUUCUUGAAUGGAUUUGUAAGUACUUAGUAGGUUAAGGUCUGAAGUUUGGUGCCGAUCGUUGCGUCUGCAAAAUCUAAGUUCCGAUAUAUAAGUUCCGAAAAUGAUAAAAUUUUUAGACCUUAAGGAACAUUGAAAGCCUAAUGUGACUAUUGUAAAUUAUAAGUAUAUCAGGCCUAUAUUAAUCGAACUAAUAUAUACACAACUGGAGUAGGUACGUUUUCAUAGCAGAAUGACUGCAAAAACUGUAGUUACGUCGGUUAAAUAUAUAAAUUAAAGAAUGUUAACAUGUAUAAUGAUAAUUAUAAGUUUCUUAAACCAUUAGGAAUUAAAACAUUUUUUAUAUUUUCAUUAUUGCAAUGGGGAUAUUUAAGACUUAGGAUUCUCUUUGAAUCACAUACAGAUAGGGAAAAAUCUACCUAUAAGAAAUGAAAAUACGUAGUUUCUUGAUUUAGUUCAAAAGACAUUUCUUUUUUAUUUCUCCCCUACAGGUUUAUGUAUUAUAAUUAGAAUUUAUUUAUCUGUAUGAAAAACUUAGGGCAAGUGUUGUCCAGAAAAACUGUGAUUUUUGGUUUUAUUUAGAAUGUAAUUUCUCUUUAUGCUUAUUAUGUGAUAUAACUUUAUGUAUUUAAAAAAGUAAAGCAUUUUUCAACCUCAUAUUUUCCCGACUGAUUUUGCAUUUUCCGCUUUUUAUAAUCAUUUUAAGCAAAUAGGAAAAAAAUAUAUAAAUACGAAAAAUCACAGAACAUCGAUUCAUAUUUAUUAUCUUUAGGAAUUGCCAGCUAGGUACUCCGUACAAGAAACUAGGAAUGUUUUCCAAACCUACUUACCUAAUUUUAUGUCAAGUCAUUGAAUUUGAUUUCAAUGACAUUUGUGCUACUUUGACCACAAUUUUGUCCAAUAUCUGAAUCUUAUCUCUCUAUCUUAUCUUAGAAGUUAUCGUUCUAAAUGAUAUCAUUAAAAAUACUUACAACUGAGGUUUUACACUAACAAAGAAAAAAACAAAAUUGAUAAAUAAAAACAAUUUUAUUACGAUUUUCUCUAAUCAACGUCUUAUUAUUUUAAGAAUAUAAAAAAGCUUGCCAAAGAUUGGGCAUAAUCACUCAGAGUUACAGAAUUUAAACAGGACAUUGGAACAAACAGCACAAUCUUAUAGAUUGGAUUAAAAUGGUUCUACUGAGUUAAUAAAAUCAGAUUUUGGACGAAAAUCAACAAGCACAACGUGCCAUGAACAGCAUACACCAUACAAUACGAAUAGUGAAAUAGUGAAUGUAGUGAAAAUAGACCGGUUUUCUGUUUAGCCAUAUGCAUUUAGACAGUUAUAUUUUAGAUAGCUUAAGAAACAAACGACUGAGUUGCAAAUUAUUGUGACACGAUUUCAAUAUGGGUAUAGUACCUAUAUUAAAACAAAAUUGAUAGUUUAAAGACGAGUAAUAACCAAAUGUAUAUGAAAUUUGACGUAUACGAAGACAAAAUAAACGACAACAGACAAACGAAAAAUAAACAUUAAUAUGCCAGUGAUAUAUUUUAUAUAUUUAAAUUACGGAUAUUUUCCUUUUCUAAUAAAAUUUCAUAAAUUUACUUUGGGAAUUAGUAAAUAUCCAGUAGGUAAAUAAAACUAUUAUAAUCAUCAUCACAAAUAUCAGAAAUAAAAUUGAUGUCAGAAUCUCGGAUUUAUUCAUAAAAUACCUAAUAAAAUGACUACUGAUUUGUUCACAUUAAUAAUUGUCACUUCUUUAAUUAAAUAUUAAUAAUGAUCAUUUUACAAUCUAGGAAUAAUGUAAAUUGUAAAAAUGUAUUAUAUUUUUUUAUUUGCUCUACAAAAGGAUAAAAUAAAAACAACGUACGUAAUUUGUAUGGAAACGUUUUUGCCUGUUGUUUUUUUAAUAAAGGUGAAUGACCUUGGGACGCAAGAUUCACGAAAUAGUUGUUUGGCGCUAAAAAUAUCUGGUAUUCGAAAUCAGAACAAGAUAAUUAAUAAAUCAACUUAUUGAAACAAUUUAUUGGGAGUCUUAAAAUGUCAUUAAUAUCACUAAAUAUUCAUAAUGAAAAUUUUAGAAUCAAGACGAUUAAAUUGACGAUAAAAACUUUAAAAAAGUAAUUUUUAGAUUAGGAUAAAUUUUUAAUGCGAAAUUAACACCAUGUGGUUAAACAAUUUAAAAAAAUCAUUACUUUCUGGCCACAUGAAGUAAACCGAGUAAAAAUAUAUUUUCCAAUUAAUUAACUUAGUAUUUCAAUUUGCUAAUUAAUUAUUUUUUUUCUACAUUUUAAUUUAAACAAUCAAUGUUCAUUUUUAUCAUCAGAAUUGUAAUCAAAAAAUUUUAUAGUCCCAUCAUUAGUUCCAACAUUUCUAAUUUUAAAUUUUAUAACUAUGUACUUGCAGCGUAUGAUUACAUACCUAGUAAAAUAGUUUUACAACUUAUUUUUAAUAUGAUUGCGAAUUUUAUACUCUUGUGAGUUCCACUAACUUUUAUUUUAGGAAUUACAAUUUAAAAUUCUUUACUAAAUUUAUCUGCUAAAGACAGUUAAAUACACGUUGAGCAAAAUUCGGCCAAUUGGCGCUCAUUUUUAUUCUCUCUUAUCCACCUGGCCCUCACAUAUUUUCAACACCAUUAGAAUUUUCAUAUGUUCAUUACUUAGAUAACAUCAAUACUGCGUAUACUUACUGCUUGUAACACUAAUACCUAUAAGAAAGUUGACUUUCGAUAAAUUUUAUCAAAAAAGAAAAAUAUAUUCUCAGCAAAAAAAAAAAAUAUUUUUGACUACUGCCAGUAAUAAAAAUAGAAUCAUGUAUUUGUCGAAAAUAAAUACAUACAAAUCACAGUGACGUCAAAGUAUUACCCGCCUACACUUUUCCCACUUUAUGAGGAAUCGAAAUCCUCCACUUCUCCCUGUCUGAUGUCAACCGAUCUGUUACAUUCCUCUGCCAUAAAAAUGGAAUACAAAGUUCCUUAUGUAUUAAUCCAAGAUAUCAGCUACUUAAAUACAAAAUUUCAUAAAAAUUGGCCAAGCAGUUUGAGCGUGAAGAAGUAACAAACUCACAAACUUUCGCCUUCAAUAUUGGGAUGUUUCUUCUUUAAAUGGUUCAAUAAAAAUUUAAUCUAUCUAUAUAAUUCAUCACCAUACAGAUGGCUCAGGUGUAUAUGUGCUCAACUGUACUUCGGUUGGAACGUUAGUCUCAUGCGUGUAGCUGGCUUAAUAUUAGAUGUUUUAUACCAGAAGUAAUAAACAUUUAACCCCACAUUCUUAAGCCUGAUAGCUAUAAAAUUAAACAGAAACGUAGUAAAAACUAAAUAAUUAUUUGAGUUAGUUUUCUAGUAUAACCUUUAAGAUUCACAUGUCGAUUGAAAUAAUUAGAGUUUUAUGCGAAUAGGCAUCUAAUGAGCACCUAAGUUGGUCGAGUGGUUAAGAUGACCACCAAGUCCCAGACUCGGAUCCUAGUAUAUUCCGUGCUAUGCGUUUGUAUGCAAUAACUCAUGUGUCGUUGUAUCUCAUCUUCGUUUAGGGCUGUGACGCCACGAAGCCAGAAAUCAGUGUAAAAAUAACUUUAAAAUGUUAACUCUGCUGUGAUUUUACAACCGCAUUCUGUAGUAAACCCUCUUUGGGAAUGCUAUUGUCGGCUAUUAGCUGUCUAGACUCGGCGUCCCAUAUAGUCAACUAACUAAAAAUAAGACAUUAAUUCACAAAACAAAGAGCAUAAUGAAUCAAGUUUAAUUGAAACAUCGUUUUUCUGUGCAAUCGUUUGACAAAGUCCUAAUGCAUUGUUGUCUAAACAAAUGGUACCAAAAUAAACCAACAGCUAUUAAGUUGGGUCGCUUACCUUCCACAUUUCUAUAUAUUGAGCCAUAGACAUAUUAUAUACUAGACUAGUCGAUGUCAAUUAUCAAAAAAAUAAAAAAUACCUCACUUCUCUCCAUCUGGGGGCUUACCAUAAUCUCUUAACGCAAUACACUUUACGACCUAAACCAUUCGUACCAUCGACUUAAUUUUUUGUAUGAAUGCGAUUCAUAUUAGGUUCCUAAAUUGUACUGAGUUGCAUUGGAAUCGUUCUGUAAAAGUUGAUGGUAGGCCUGCAGUUCUCUUCCAUUUAUAUUCGGCCAUUUUAAUGUCGACCGUUGUCCUUUUAUAAGAAUGGAUAAGGAGGUUAGGCAUGAGCAUGACCCACCACGCGGGAUCAAUGCGAAUUGAUGGGAUCUAUGGGUAAUAAAAGAGUUUCUGUUAACAAAAAUAUAAACAAGAAAGUCAUAUUUCCAAACGACUGUUAUUAAUCUUUAUCAUUCUCGUGGCUAGUCGAUUGUAUUUGAUGAAAUGUCAAGUCAGAUGUCUUAAGGUAAUUUAACUCUAGUAUUAUCAAGAACUUUAGUGUCAUCAAGAAUUUUCUCUAAAAGAAAGAUGAUAAGAGACAACAGGAUUUAGAAAAAUGACAGACGGCGUAAAGGAUACUUCAACAUGGCGACCAAAAUCGGAACCAUUUUGAAUGAAUGAAUUUUUCUAAAUUUAACAGUAGCGACGGUUCGCUUAGUUUGUUCGAUUAUACCAAUUUAUUGUUGGUGUUUGCUCCACAUUCCUCAUUAUAUCUUAUCAAGUGUGUUAAUACUAACACUGGUGCCAGAUUUUAUUCAAGCCGCCUAAGUGACAAUCAUAUAAAUUACUUUAAACCGUCAUUUAGUGACAAGUAAUCGCAUACACAAACGCCAACCAUAUGCAGGUUUCCUCAUGAUGUUUUCCUUCAUCGGAAGCAAGUGGCGGCCUAUGAAAACUAACCUGGAACCUUUCGAUUCACAGUUGGGCAUCUUAACUUUCACCGCUUCAAAAUACUGUUUAUUAUUUUUAUUAUGCCUACUAGCAUAGUUCUGAUUAUAUUAAUCUAAUAAAAUAAUGAGUCUGGUCACUUGAAUAAAUAUUUUUUCAUUCAUUCAUUCAUUCAUUCAUUACAAUCAAGAGUCAAUGCCUAGUCUCGGCUAAUUUCUUAGAAGUCGUUGGAGCAUCUAUUUUUAUUCAAAACUUCUAAAUGUCUGUAUAAGCGUUUCGUUUAGACUUGAAGCUAUUUAGAGACGGGUUUAAAGGGAUGCAGUAGAAUUUGUAGGAUUUUCGUGGUUUAUUACGACGCUCUCUGUCUUGGAUGUGAAUAUAUUUUUAAAUCUCACAAUUGUCAAUUGACGUCUUUAGAGAAAAGGCUGCGCUUAAAUUUGUUGCGCCGCUUCUUCUUCACCAGCGCUUUGGAAGUCGGCAGUAGACUUUUUCAGUUUCGAGUAUUUUGACGUCAAUAAGUGAUGUAUGUUGUCCCGAAUUGAAUAAUGAAUUUUGAAUUUAAGUGCAAGUACAGUUUGUCUAUAUAUAUCAAAAAAUCACAGGACUAAAAUUAAAAUUAUAAUCACAUGGGAUAUUUUAUAUCCCAAAUUCCUUACCAGAGGAGAAAUUUAAUUGGCUACGAUAAAAUAAAAUAAAAAUAGUUUUAUUCACCGUAAUAUAGUAGUAAAACUUAAUUAUGGUGGUCAAACGGCACAUGUUUCAUAUAACAUUGAGCUCAUAAGAGCAUAAGAGCAUUGCUACUCGUGUUUUAAAAUAGUCUCAAAGAUCAUAAAUCAUAUUUAGUAUACUGGUACCGAUAUGUUAAGCUUAUUAAUGAAUGGGCCGCUUUAUAUUUAGGUUUUCAUGGGCUAAUUAACUUUCGAUUUGGAUUUGGGAUAUUUCGAAAACGGCAUUUAUAAAGUUAUGAGGAUAUUUGAAACGAGGGAUUCGUUUCAAAUAACAACAAAAAAUAAUUUUGGAUCUUCACCCUAUCUCUCUCAAAUCUGUGCCAUUUUCCGGUUUCUUCUUCAGUAGCUAAACGUCGAUGCCCAGGACUCCAAUUAAAAAAGUGUAAAAAGUAAAACUAAUCUGUCAAAAUUUUCAUUAAAUGAAAGAAUUAAAUUUUUGUAGCAAACCGUUGUGACAUUCGCUCAAAUGAAAUUAGAUUACGUGUUUUUAUUUUGUUUCAUGAAUAAGAAAUAUGAAUUUAUAUACGAUAUUACUAAUUAAAAGGUCGGCAAAAAUUCUCUGAUUUAUUCAUUCAUAAUUAGUUCGUUCAAUUCUAGAAGAAAAUUUAUUUAAUAAGAAUACGAUCUAAAUGAAUUCAUAUCAAAACGUAAAUCUUUGAUCUGAUUCUUAAAACUAUUCAAAUCAAAAAACAUCAAUGAAAUAAAAUCAACUUUUAAUAACAUAAUUCGCAAUUUAAAAAAUCGAUUCCAUUUUUUACAAGCAUUUAUAAAAGUAACUGUCAUGUUAUCUCUCAUUUGUGGCCAGAUAAAUGUGCACUAUUAAUCAUUAACUCGGAUGAAGACAUUCGAAAUUUUAAUUUAAAAAAUAAAACUAUGAUUUGUUUUUUUUUUCUUGUCAGACAUUUUCACUGAUUCCUGCCAGCAAUUUAGCUGAACGACUUCAAAGUUAAUUUGAGACGAAUAUAUGGGAUGUGGGUAACAUUCGUCUAAAUGAUUUCUCUUUUUAAAAAUAAAAGGUAUAACUUAUUCGUAAUAGAUGUCAUAAUGACAGUUUUACUUUUAAGAAAUCAUUGUUAACGUCACUUAUUAUCUACUAAUUUUCUCUUCAUUUAAUUUUUUGCAAAAUAUCACAGUUAAUUUAAAUUAAAAUUAUUAUUUUUUUGUAAAACUUACAGACGUUUUAUCUUACAAAUAAUCAUCAAAAUAAUUUACGUUUAUUAUUUUAUAUUUUUCUCUUCUGAAUGACAAUAUUUUAAUGUCUUUAGAAUGUGGCCACACAAAUAUAUGUCGUACAUAGGUCAUUUUAUAAUAACCUAAAUAAAACAGUUGUCACCAUAAUAUGCAACUCUGUCGUCAACAGACAUUUUUUCUUAGAACAUAUUAAUUAGUUUUCAUUAGUUGUGCUGUGUACUUAGAAUAAUAUUUGCCUAUCAAAAAAAACCUCACUCGAAUCUCUACGAAACUAACCAGUCCGUUAGAUUUUAAUGAAAAAAUAAUUUUAUAUUAUAAUUAAUGAAUUGAGUUUUUCGGUCAGAGAUCAUUUUUAAUUUAAUUUUUGUUCGCUAUUUAAAAAUACAUUUCACAAUUCAAAUUUAGAAGAUUUUUUUUUUUAUAUGUCACAAUAUUUAGCUAUGUGUAAAUCUGAUUUAUUAUCCGUACUCCACUCCAUUUUUAAGGAUAAAUGAAUCUCAGUUCUAUUUUAAUAUAUAUUUUUCUAAACUUUGAAUACCUACAUGAUAUUGAUUCGAUAUUCAAUUAAUACUGGCCGAAAAACACACAUUAUAAAUUGAUACGAUAUAAGUCUAAAUCGGUGAAAAUAUUUCUUUGUAUAAUAAUGGUUAGUUAUUUAAUCCGUUGGUAUUGCAAAAUGGCAUUUGUCUCCUAUAACUUGUGUCUAGUUUUGUCAAAUGUGUUUUAGAAGUCGCCAACUGCCAAUUAAAAAAAAAUCUAUUCAGACAGAUUUUAUUUUAUUUUUUUUUAAUUGUAAAAAUGAAUAAGCGUCCAUUUUUGAAUUUACUAAACGUAAAUCGGGAUUUAUUUAUAGCAAUAAUUUUAUUCUGUGAUUGCCAUAAUCGACAAUUCUAAUAUUUUUUAAAUUGCCAUAAUGAAACACUGGCAGACCUAAAAUUUAUUUGACAAAAUUAUUUAUUUGCUCAGCGGAGGUUGUCACUAUGAAAAUAUUAUACAUAUUCCUCCCCCUUUUUACUAAAAAAAAACACAAUGUUCCUCUUUUGUGACUUAGUUAAUUUUAUUUACAUUUUACGUAUUUAAUGUUAAAGGCAAUAAAUUUAACACUUCCAUGGAAAUUAAAUGUUACCUAGUUAGGGUUCUUUUAUGGUACGGAACCCAAAAACGUGUCAUCAGUAAAGGGAAAGGUUUAGCCUUUUUUAUAAAGAUUUGAAUUACAAAUUCAAACAAUAAACCCCUUAAUGGGAUGCUUGAUUUAAAUUUGUAAUUUAACAUUUUAAAAGUAAAUUGCUAAUUUUAUUCUCUAAUGAAAUCUUUUUAGUACUAAAUAAAUCAAUUGUCUAAAUUUUCAAUUCUAAUAAAUUUAUAUGCUUUUAACAAACAUACAAAUAUUUUAUAUUUUAAAUUAAAACACGGACAUUGGUGCUAGUAGGGAUGAAUUUUAGUUUCUUUUUUAUAAUUUAAAAUAAAUAUAUUUAUUUAUUUCAACGGUACGUACUUAAGUUAAAAAAAAUAUAGCAAAAACUCUAGAAUAAAAAAAUGAUAGGUCAGCUACCUCUUUUACUGUUCUAAAUAUAUUUUUAUAUAUAAAAAAACUAAUGUUAGUGUUGCCAUUUUACAAUACUAACGGCGAAAACGGUCCUAAAAUAUUUCGAAAUCAAUAUUCCUACAAAGAUUGUUGGGUAAAUGGUGAAGCUAUAUUAGGUUUAGAUAGCAGGAUUUUUACACUCACUGUCCAAUAAAAAAAAAGCAAAAAAAAACAUCGACUUUUAAAUUAAAAAAAAAAUCUGUCAAAGGUAGUUUAAUUUUUCGUUCAAGUUCUUUGUGCCCAAAGCAUACUCGUCUAUAUUACCUCUGAAUAGUUAGUGCUGGGUAACUUGAUGUACAGUUGACUGUACAUAAAUUAGUCUGGUAAAAAAAGAAGGAGAUUUGUCUUUAUUUAAAGAUCUUUCUUCACUGCACGGUGGAAUAAUUUUUAUUUAUUUCGUAAUUUAACAUUUGAGAUUGUGAUUCUAGAAAAUCUAUAACGUAAUUACACAAUUGGUGUACAAUAAAUUACAAGUGUAAAUUACGUACCCGCUGUACCUAUUUCAAUUUCUGAUUAUUUUUAUUGGACGGUGAGUCGAAUCGUAGUGUACUAAUAUAUAUUUUUUUGCAACUGUAUGAUUACGUAAUGCUAAAAAGCGGCCAUAUUUGUUUAUAUUUUCAUUCGAAUUAAAAAUGUAAAGAUCGGCGAAGGCAGACACACAUUGAAAAUAGUUUGUAAAAAAAACAACACGCUUUUUACUUGUAAGUAUACUUUUUUAUUUGUAUAUUAUGUAUAAUUUAGGGUUUUGUGAAAAAUUUAAUGAUUGCAAUAAUUUAUUUUAAUCUUGUAUUAUAAUGACUGAAAUUAUAAUUUUAAUAGAUUUACUGUGUUUGUUGUGUGGAUGAAAAGUUUUAAAGUAGGGAAGUAAUACUUACGAAUGUAUGAACAGAACACACUACGUGUAUAUAAAGUUUCUAUGUUACGCGAAAAAGUGUACAAUGAACGUAUGGUACUCUCUUUUAUUUAUAACUAAAGAAACUAAUUAUCAGAUCGUGACUAUAGGCGUGCUACCCAUGGAUUCAGUAAGUAUUCGGAGUACCUACUAAAAAAAGAAAAAAGUAUUCGGGUAGCAAAGCUGCUACCCGAGUACUUUUUUCUUUUUUGAUUAUCUAAUGCUUGCUACAUAUUGACAAGGUUAUCUGCUAGAUAUUCUUGUUAAUCUGUAGCAAGUAUAUGGACCCGGUGAUGGAGUCGCUACUGUCUAAUAAAUUUGCCAAGACAAUGUUAUACUUAAAUGUCAAAAUGACCUUCGUAAGUUUUCAAUUUUGAUCACUGGGCCAGAUAUAUCUUGGGGCUGAAAGAUAGAAAUGACAUGCCACUACCGCAUUUGCUGUUCUUGUGUACGUAAAUAAAAACAAAUAAAAAAAUAAAAUUAAUUUAAAUAAUUCGCUGCUAAGGCCUGCCUCUGUAGAGAAACGUCCGAAGACAAAUUUGAACAAUAGUGCGCAUGUGCGUGGACUUUUUUAUAAACUGUCAGUCAUAACCUCACUCGACCAAUGGCGCCAACUAGUGCGCGAAGAAUGAAACGUCUUAUUGCGAUAGUUAAUUGUGUAAAUGUUUUUUUUUUAAACUUUGAUAUUAACUUUAUCCUGCGAGCCGCCUUCGUUUAGAUACAAUGGCAUAGUUUGCGUUUUUCUGCUCAGGUUAAAGUUAACAUCAAAGUUGACUGGUGCCACUCAUCCUUCAUAAACAAAUGCCUGUUUAACCGGUCAAUGUAUACUUUUAAACGUCGCUCAGAAAUUAAAUUAUCCUUCACUCUUUUCAUCUACAUUUCAAACAGUAUAAAUAACCAGUAUUAUGAUUUUGGUAACAGUGUGUUUGCCGACAUAAAAAAAUGAACGAACGAAAUUGUUAUUGAAAAAAAAAAAUUGGUAAAGACGAUCUGUAAAAAUAGGAAGGUUCGAAAAGUAUAUGUACCUACUAAUAUAUGUAUAAGUAAUGUAAAUAUGUUGUUAAUUAAGGAGUAGACCCUGUAGGUAUUUAUUUGUACUGUUUCGGACCUUUGUUGGUAUCCAAAGUUUUUAAUUUAUUUUUCGACCAAUAAAUGUUGAAAGAAGUAA